AUGGAAACAUCAACAUCCAAACGGCAGGCUACAAAUUCUAUGGUUUAUUUUAAACCAUCAUGGGAAGAGGAAUUUUUUUUCGCAGAACAUGAUGGUGCAGUAAAAUGUUUGGUAUGUUGUAAAAAAUUAAAUCAACUGAAGAGAUAUAAUCUUCAAAGGCACUAUAAAACAUACCAUGAAGCAGCACACCUGAACUACAGUAGUACACAAAGAAGAGCAGAAGUAGAAAGAUUGAAAAUGAAACUUCUGAAGACAGAAAGAGAUUUACCUUAUGCAGAAGUACAAUCUAUAAAUAAUGAGGCUAUAUUGAGGGCUAGCUAUAGAAUAGCUCAUGAAAUAGGUAGAACAUCUCAACCUUUCUCUGAUGGACAAUUUAUUAAAACCCAUAUAAUGGCAAGUGCAGAACAAUUUUGUUCUGAAAAUGUACAGAAAUUUGAAUAUAUUAGUUUAUCUAGAUCAACAGUAACAAGAAGAAUUCAAGAAAUGGCUGAUAAUAUUAUGGAGCAGUUAUAUAUGACAGCACAAAAUUUUAUAGCCUAUUCAUUGGCCAUUGAUCAGAGUAUAGAUGUAACAGGUUCCCCACAAUUAGCCAUUUUUAUUCGUGGUGUAGACUCAGGAAUGAAUGUUACUGAGGAACUGUUAGAUUUUUGUACCACGAAAGAGGCCACAACAGGAGAAGAUAUUCUUUCAUGUGUAGAAGAAGCAAUCAAACAUAGCAAACUACACUGGCAUAAUCUUGUAUCAGUUGCUACUGAUGGAGCACCAUCAAUGGUGGACCAAAAUGUUGGUUUUGUAGGCUGUCUCCAAAAAAGGUUGCAGGAACUAACAAUUCCACAGACUAUUAUUACAGUGCAUUGUAUGUUACACAGAGAAAAUUUAUGUGCAAAAUGUGUUCAAUUAGAAAGAGUUAUGUUAGUUAUAGUACGUACAAUAAAUUUCAUCCGUAAUCAUGGAUUAAAACAAAAACAAUUUAAAAUAUUUUUACAAGAAUUAGAUGCUGAAUAUGAUGAAAUGCCUUAUCAUACAGAAGUGCGUUGGCUUAGCCACGGAAAAGCGUUAGACAGAUUUUUUAAUCUUCGGAACGAAAUUCGGCUAUUUAUGGAUACAGUAGGUCAUCCAGUACCAGAACUGGAAGAUAGCCUUUGGACAAGGGACUUAGCUUUCUUAUCCGAUGUUAUUGAUCAUUUAAAUAUUCUUAAUACUGCUUUACAAAGAAAGGACAACACGAUAAUAGAUUUAUUCGAUACCAUAUGUGCUUUUAAAAUGAAAAUAGAGUUGUGGAUACGACAGUUAGAAUCCGGAAAUAUUUGCCACUUUCCGAAAUUAAAGUCAGUAUCUAGCGAAAGCAAUUUUGAAUGUUAUAGUAAUAUGUUACAAAUUCUUUACGAAGAAUUUUCGGUACGCUUUGCAGAUUUAAUUCAAUUACAAACUGAUUUUGAUGUAAUUGCAAGGCCAUUUUCAAUCGAUAUUGCAACAGUUUCUUCUCACUUACAAUUAGAAUUAAUUGAUUUGAGAUGUAAUAGAGUACUAAAAGCAAAAUACCUACAAGUUAAUAAUAUAUUAGAAUUUUAUAAACUUUUACCUCAAGAAAACUUUCCCCACUUACACAAAAGUGCAGCAAGAAUAAUAGCUAUGUUUGGCUCAAUGUAUGUGUCAAUCGUUUGUACCAAACAUAAGACAACUAGUUGA